AUGCUCAAGGGCGACGCACUCGACAUGCAGAGGCUGCCAGACAAGUUCGCCGACUUUGUCGCCGGAAACGAGCCGGCUGCGCUGUAUCUGCAGGAGGCUGGCUGUGACUGCUGCCGGUGGCUGGUGGACGUGCUCUUCGACGGGCGCGGCAAGAUGUACCUCCAGACCGGCUGGGAGAAAUUCACGCGUUACCACGAUCUCGAAGACGGAUGCGUGCUCACAUUCUCCUACCUUGGCGACGCGGAUAUGAGCGCCAAGGUGUUCGAUAACACGCGCUGCCGCUGGCACUACCACGGAGACAGCGAUGAGGAGGACGAUUGA